GUUUCAUCAGAGGGCGUCUUAAUAAACGCCUUCGAUCCUUUUCUUCUUCUUCUUCCUUCUCUCUUUUUUCUUCUUCUUCUCUCUUCCUGUGUGUGUGAGCUUCAUCGCUUCAAAAUGAGAGAGUGCAUUUCCAUCCACAUCGGCCAGGCCGGUAUCCAGGUCGGCAAUGCCUGCUGGGAGCUUUACUGCCUUGAGCACGGCAUCCAGCCUGAUGGCCAAAUGCCAAGUGACAAGACUGUUGGCGGAGGAGACGAUGCCUUCAACACUUUUUUCAGUGAAACUGGUGCUGGAAAGCAUGUCCCUCGCGCUAUCUUUGUCGAUCUCGAGCCCACUGUUAUCGAUGAAGUGAGGACUGGAACCUACCGCCAGCUCUUCCACCCUGAGCAACUCAUCAGCGGCAAGGAAGAUGCUGCCAACAACUUUGCCAGAGGUCACUACACCAUUGGCAAGGAAAUUGUUGAUCUUUGCUUAGACCGCAUCAGGAAACUUGCUGACAACUGCACUGGUCUGCAAGGGUUCCUUGUUUUCAACGCUGUUGGUGGAGGCACUGGCUCCGGGCUUGGGUCCCUUCUGUUGGAACGUUUGUCUGUUGACUAUGGAAAGAAGUCAAAGCUUGGGUUCACUGUGUAUCCCUCUCCACAGGUUUCUACCUCUGUGGUUGAGCCCUACAACAGUGUUCUCUCAACCCACUCCCUCCUGGAACACACUGAUGUCGCUGUUCUUCUUGACAAUGAGGCAAUCUAUGAUAUCUGUAGGCGCUCUCUUGAUAUUGAGCGACCCACUUACACAAACCUCAACCGUCUUGUAUCUCAGGUCAUUUCCUCUUUGACUGCCUCCUUGAGGUUUGAUGGUGCUCUCAAUGUGGAUGUUACUGAAUUCCAGACCAACUUGGUUCCCUACCCCAGAAUCCACUUUAUGCUUUCUUCCUAUGCACCUGUCAUUUCUGCUGAGAAGGCUUACCAUGAACAGCUCUCAGUGGCCGAGAUUACCAACAGUGCGUUUGAGCCCUCAUCUAUGAUGGCCAAGUGCGAUCCUCGCCAUGGGAAAUACAUGGCUUGCUGUUUGAUGUACCGUGGUGAUGUUGUGCCCAAGGAUGUGAAUGCCGCUGUUGCCACCAUUAAGACCAAGCGCACAAUUCAAUUUGUUGACUGGUGCCCUACUGGAUUCAAGUGCGGUAUCAACUACCAGCCACCCACUGUUGUCCCUGGAGGUGACCUUGCCAAGGUGCAGAGGGCUGUCUGCAUGAUCUCCAACUCAACCAGUGUCGCUGAGGUCUUCUCAAGAAUUGACCACAAGUUUGAUCUCAUGUAUGCCAAGCGUGCUUUCGUGCACUGGUAUGUGGGUGAGGGUAUGGAGGAAGGUGAGUUCUCUGAGUCUGCUGAGGGUGAUGAUGAUGAAGGGGAAGAGUACUAA